AUGGCAAGGAAGAGGAGACGAGACAAAGGCCAUAACCCCGGGUGGUUUUUGAAAAACUGCAAUAAUGUUCCAGCGAAGAAACCGCGUCUCACAGAGGAAGACGAAGCACGAUUUGAAAAGAUUCGUCGCCACAAAAGGGACGUGUGGACACUGGCGCGGGAUGAGGAUGUCAACAGUACACCAGGUAGGCUACGGCCCUUACCCGCAGGUCCGACAGAAGUCGAGAAGUUGGAGGUUGGUAGUAGCAAAGUUGAGGAAAAUAUAUCAGAGGAUAGACAAUUUCAUGUGCCUCUCCUUAUGAACUUGAUAAAUGACUUCCUGCAACAGCAUUCUCAGGAGAGUUCUGCGUGUUUUCCCCAAUGCGUCAUGCCCCCAGAUGGAGAGCAACCUCGUGGCUUCGUAUUCAAGGAGACUUUAAAAUGUGCCCGGUGCGGUUUCAAAAUUGGCCCCGUUAAACUGUACGAAGAAAGCGAGCGCCUUCCCGGUAGAUCUAUAGGCCCUAAACCGGCUAAAAAGAACGUGCAGUUUGCAAUAGGGCUCACUAAAGUCGGCAUAGGAAUCACGGGAGCAAAAACCUUGAUAAGCAGCAUGGACUCACGCACGCCCACUCUGUCCACCAUGCACAAUUUGAUGACGGGCGUAUGUGAUUCCAUGGAGAACAUCCUCAAAAUGUCUUUGGAGGAGAACAGGAGGAAGCUCCGCGAUGCCUUGAAGUUGCGUGGAUGGAAGGUGGAAGAGGGGAAACCCAUAGCAGUUGCCGCUUCAGCCGACGCCUGCUUCAACAAUCCGUCCUUCUACGGCGUGUCGCAACGAGCGACGCAAGCUGUCUUCCCCGUGUUCGAGGCAGAAACCCCUGAGCAAUUGCUUAUUGGGUGGGGGUUUGCCAACAAGCUCUGUAAGAAAGGGGAGAUGCUAAGGGCGGAAGGAGUUGAAAACCCAUGUCCUGGUCAUGAUGGGCACUGCUCUGCUAACUUCAAAGCAGGAGAACCCAUCGCUGCGUACUUACAAGUUACAGGGCUGCGGACACGCAGAUCACCCCACACGGGUUGGACUUGA